AUGUCGAGGCCCGAGGAUACUCUCUCCGCCGACGUGCACUACGAUGACACUGAAGCGCGCAAGUACACGACGAGCUCUCGUAUCCAAAACAUCCAGGCCUCCAUGACCCGGCGUGCUCUCGAGCUCCUCGAUCUUCAGUCUCCCAGCUUCAUUCUCGACAUUGGCUGCGGAAGCGGCCUCUCCGGCGAGAUCCUGACCGCCACCCCCCAGGACGAGGGCGGGCCGCACACGUGGAUCGGCAUGGACAUCAGCGCCUCCAUGCUCGAUAUCGCGCUGCAGAGGGACGUCGAGGGUGACCUCAUGCUUGCCGACAUCGGACAGGGCGUGCCCUUCAGGGCCGGCUCCUUCGAUGCCGCCAUCAGCAUCAGCGCCAUCCAGUGGCUGUGCAACGCCGAGAGCAGCGACACCUCGCCCGCCGGCAGGCUGUCCAGGUUCUUCAACGGCCUCUACGCCUCGCUGAGGAGAGGCGGCCGCGCAGUCUGCCAGUUCUACCCCAAGAACGACACGCAGAGAAAUAUGAUCACCCAAGCCGCCGUCAAGGCCGGCUUUGGCGCCGGUCUGCUCGAGGACGACCCCGAGACCAAGAAUGUCAAGGUAUACCUGGUCCUGACGGUCGGCGGCGCCGCCAGCGACGGCAACACUGGCGACAUCACUGGAGUCGUCAAGGGCAUGGACAAUGUCGACGUCCUCGACUCGCGCAAGAAGGGCACCAGCGGCAAAGGCGAGAUCAAGAAGGGCAGCAAGGCCUGGAUCGUCAAGAAGAAGGAACAGAUGGAGCGGAAAGGCAAGAUCGUCAAGGCCACCUCAAAGUACACUGGACGGAAGAGGAGGAUCCAGUUCUAG